AUGUGGCCAAUAGAGCUUAUUGGAGUGCCAUGGAAAUGCUUGAUGUUUGCUAAUGGAGCCAGGCCUAAGGCUAGAUUUACACUUUGGCUCCAACUUCAAAACAGGUUGUUGACCACAGAUCGAUUAUUGACCUGGGGUAUUGAUGUUGAUCAAAGUUGCAAGUUGUGCCAGGGACAGGUUGAAACCAGGGACCAUUUGUUUGGUCACUGUCCAUUCACACAAAAUUUAUGGCAAAGGCUCUUAAGGUGGCUAAUGAGACCUUAUCACAGUGUUGCUACAUGGGAAGAUCAUCUUGAAUGGGUCAUAUCACAUACCAAAGGAAAUUCUCAGGAUGCUCAGAUCCUCCGUCUUGUGUAUAUAGAGUAUGUUCAUACAGUAUGGAUCGAACGAAAUCAACAGACCUUUGAAAACAAAUCGAGACUGGCAGAUGAUAGCUAG